AUGCGAGUCCAGUUAUUCAGCGAUAUCGCAUCAGGAGCAUAUGCUCAGAAACUGCUAGAAAUUGGUGAAGGCCUCUUAGGCACCGACCAAGAUGGUAUGAUUCCUUUCACACAGCAAUUUUGUCAUGCUGUGGAGUCAGAAGACGAACUUAUUGAAAAAGUUUUUCCGAAUAUGCAACAAAACAUUGUUGACGAAAAUUGGUUGUGUGAAAGAACCAUACUAGCACCGAAAAAUGAGACUAUUACGAAAAUAUAUAAAAAAAUCUUGGCCGAAAUAAACACCGAAACUUCAGUGUACAAUUCUAUUGACACAGUUAUGUCAUCUGAUGACACAACAAAUUAUCCCGUAGAGUUCCUUAAUUCUUUAGAGUUGUCCGGAGUACCAUCACACAAAUUGGAAUUAAAGGUAGGUGAACCUGUUUUGUUGAUGCGUAACCUGGACGCGCCAAGAUUAUGCAACGGUACUCGGUUGCGAGUUACUGAACUAGGAAGGCACAUUGUGAAGGCCACAAUUUUAACUGGAGAAGCCAAGGGAGACAAUGUUAUUAUACCGCGCAUCCCAAUCAUACCCAAUAACUUGCCAUUCAAUUUUAAACGCCUGCAGUUCCCGUUAAAAGUCGCAUUUUCAAUGACGAUCAACAAAUCGCAGGGUCAAACCUUAAAGGUAGCAGGCAUACAUUUAGGCACGCCAUGUUUUUCUCACGGAAGCAAUCACUCUGCCAAGGAGUGUCGGACACCUGUUAGGUGUAGUAUUUGCAAGCGGACUCAUCAUUCGCUAUUGCAUCCUAAGGAUGCUAAUUCAUCUGAGGAAAACAAGACUGAGUGUGUUGUUAAUUCUUCAGAAGCCGGUAAGAAACAACAACAAGUGCUACUUGCCACGGCUUUAGUCAAGACUAUAUGUAGGAAUGGUAAUGAGUACAGCAUUCGGGCGCUCCUAGACCAGGGGUCGCAGGCUUCAUUUGUAACCGAAUCUACGGUACAAUAUUUGGGUUUAAAGAAAACUGGUUUUACCAGUCAGAUAGCAGGGCUGGGAGGAAAUUAG